AUGUUAUUGACGAUGUCAGUAAGUGCAUUUUGGCAUGGCGUUCAUCCCGGUUAUUAUUUAUCGUUUCUCACUGUUCCUCUGUGUACACUGGCCGAAGACAACAUCCUUUCAAUAGUACCAAAAGAUGCGAAUGGCAAAUUUCCAGUGCUUUUUGUGAUUUUGUUAUUGGUACAUCGUUCGGCAGCUUGGUUUUACGUUGAUGGCAUCUGGCUUUUUGUUGUUAACAUGGCACGAUACGAUACGGUAUUGGAGUUCUGUUCAUUUUCACGUUCACUGGAUUAUGAUUACUGUUAUUGCAUUCUCAUGGUUUUACAAAUCGCUGGUUUUGACAGCAGGUAA